AUGCCCAACCAAGACUUGUUCAUUUCAUUAUGCAAUCUCAUAUUUCCAUGUCGGAAUCUCAUCACACACGAACAAGAAUCUGCUUCUUCUUCUUCUUCUACCACUGUAAGUGAGCUGCCCACUUCUGUAAUUCUUCAGAUCUUCUUCAAACUAUCAAUCCAAGAUAUUAUCCGAUGUAAAUGCGUCUGUAAAUCAUGGCACAACCUAAUUUCCGAACCCUAUUUCAAUAAUACAUAUCAAUUGAAUUAUCCCUUUACUUCUAUUGUGCGCUCUGACCACAAGACUGUUACCAAUCCACUCGAUCACCAGUCUUUCUACAUUCUUGAAAUUGGGUUAAAUGACGAGGUUACCCCUACACCCUUUUCCCCAAAUCUUCUCGAUUUUUCCGGAGAUGGGAUAAUCGGAAUAACGGGCUCGUGCAACGGUCUACUCUGCUUGGUAAAGAGCCCGCAGCUCGAGAACGAAAGCCGCGGAAACUACGUUCACAACCGCGAUAGCAUAUACAAUAACCAAACUGUCUGCAUUGUCAAUCCCUUGUUGGCGGGAGGAUGCGUGUUGCUUCCGGACGUUACGCGUGCCGAGAAUAUCCGUGACGUGGUUUACGGGUUUGGUUCGAGUAAAUCAGCAAAUGUAUACAAGGUGAUUCGGCUCGUUAUUAAGUAUGUUUUCGUUGGUGUCGGGCACGAAAUUAGGGUGUCCGGUGAGAUUUUCACGAUUGGGGUUGAUAGUAAAUGGAGAUUUUUUAAGGAUUCGUCGAUUCCUUGCUACACUUUCCCAUGUGGUGUUAGCCUUGACGGAAUUGUUCACUGGAUGGGUGACGAUAGGCGGUCUGGUCUUAUUUAUGCAUUUGAUAUCGCACGAGAGAAAGGGAAUCGUAUCCCGAUUCCUCAGGGUUUGGGAGAUGAUGCCGGGAAUAUUGUACUGGCUGUAUGGAACGGGAAACUUUGUUUAACUGAUAACAGUAGCGAGUUUCAGGUAGAUGUGUGGAGAAUGAACCGAUAUGGAGUUGCGGAUUCUUGGACAAGAGACGUCAUAUUGAAGAAACGGAUCCCUUCCGAUCUUCGCAAUUUUCCACUUAUUCCAAUUACGACGUUGAUGAAUGGAGACUUGUUGAUGUCCCGGGUGUAUGGUCAAAGUCUAAUAUCUUUUGACCCGAAGAGGAAGAAGUGUCGUAAAUAUGCUAGAUUCGGUUAUGGAGGAGUUCAGUGCAUUCAUGGUGGAGAAGGCUGCGUCGGCAGUGGAGCAAGGGUGGUGGGGGCGGUGGUUAAGGAGGUUUCUCCAGCGGAUAUGGAGAAUAAAAAGGAGGACGUGGGAGAAUAUGGAUGCCGCUCCACGAUCGCUUCGAACAUGGAGGAUUACAGUAGGAGCGUAACGAGGAUGAUAGUUGCUGGUUCGGGGCCGGUGAUUAGAGGGAUAUUGUGGGGUGGUGGUGUCACUCUUGAUAGGCUGAAAUGGGGUGGUGAUGGUGUGGUGUGA